AAAGUCAAGGGGUGUAAAUUCUUCCUGAAGGCUCUGUAUAAGUGUGAUUGGGUACAGCAGAAGAACCGUUUUGUGGGAAAAUGUUUUUCUUCAAAUUGUUUCCCACCUCUUCCCUUUUCUGCAGGCUCCCAGCUAAAUACACAACUGGAAGGUUGGCUGUCUCAAGCACAAUCCACUAUCGGCCCUGCUAGAGCCAUCAUAGCACCGCAUGCUGGGUAUUCCUACUGCGGUGCUUGUGCUGCACACGCCUACAAACAAAUAGAUCCUUCUGUCACUCGCAGGGUGUUCAUCUUGGGUCCGUCUCACCAUGUUCCUCUGUCCCGCUGCGCCCUGUCCUCUGCUGAGGUUUAUAAAACACCUCAGGAUUGACCAGAAGGGUUUAAUCUCCGGAUUGACCAGAAGGUCUAUGCUGACCUCUGGAAGACUGGGAUGUUUGAGAGAAUGAGUCUCCAGACAGACGAGGAUGAGCACAGCAUUGAAAUGCAUCUGCCUUACACUGCUAAAGCCAUGGAGAGUCAUAAAGAUGAGCUCAGCAUUGUCCCGGUGCUGGUGGGAGCCCUCAGUGAGUCUAAAGAACAGGACUAUGGGAAACUGCUCAGCAGGUAUCUGGCUGAUCCCUCCAACUUGUUCAUCAUCUCCUCUGACUUCUGCCACUGGGGUCAACGGUUCCGCUACACGUACUAUGACGAGGCUCAAGGAGAGAUCCACAGAUCCAUUGAACACCUUGAUAAAAUGGGUAUGGGCAUUAUAGAAACACUGGACCCCAUGUCCUUCACCAACUACUUGAAGAAAUACCACAACACCAUCUGUGGACGUCAUCCUAUUGGAGUGCUGCUUAAUGCUGUGUCUGAGCUGAGGAAGAGUGGAACAGAGAUGAACUUCUCCUUCCUGAACUAUGCCCAGUCGUCCCAGUGCAGGAACUGGCAGGACAGCUCUGUUAGCUACGCAGCCGGGGCCCUCAUUGUACAUUGAUGUGGUCCCAAAUGGCACCCUAUUCCCUAUAUAGUGCACUACUUUUGACCAGGGCUCAUGGUAGCCUUGUCCGAGCCGGAAUGGCCCGUAGGUCAGGAGCGUAUCUCCUGUUUCUGUAGCGCGAGGCAGCUUGAUAUACAAGUACAACCCCUGGACAGGACGCUAGACUAUCGCAGGGUCCGUAGGACUCUGGUCAAAAGUAGUGCACUAUAUAGGGAAUAGGGUGCCACUGCAGCUCUGACCCACCUGAACUGCUAUCGCCAUAACGACGACCUGGACUAGCCAAUGAGAAGAGAUAUUAUAUCCACAGCACCCCUUCCUGCCUCCCCCAGUUGUGAGUCUGAGAGUUUCUCUUUCAGUCUUAAAACUGUUGCUUGAAGUGCGGUUGCAGUUUUUGAGAUUUGUGGGGAGGGAAGGAGUGUUAUUUUGGUGUGGAGCAGGGAUGGUUGGGUGGGUAAGGGGAG